ACCGCUUUCUCAAAGAUCCACUACCAAUCUCUACUGAGCCAGUCCCGCCCCAUUGCGAUGAGGAGCCUAACUUCAAGCGCCAGACUCCUCGCAACCGCGGUAUCCUCCAGGGGAUCCACAUGGACGUGGUCUCACCAGCCGGUGCGCAGGUACGGCCUCAUCCCCAUGGUCAUUGAGCACUCGUCCCGAGGCGAGCGCGCCUACGACAUCUUCUCCCGCCUCCUCAAGGAACGAAUCGUCUGCAUCAACGGGCCCAUCUCCGAUGAUACCGCCCACGUCGUCGUCGCCCAGCUCCUCUUCCUCGAGUCCGAGAACCCCUCCAAGCCCAUCCACAUGUACCUCAACUCCCCCGGCGGUGCCGUCACCGCAGGUCUUGCAAUUUAUGAUACUAUGCAGUAUAUCCGGUCUCCAAUCAAUACGAUUUGUUUGGGCCAAGCUGCGUCAAUGGCGUCUCUUCUUCUAGCUGCAGGGGCCAAGGGCGAGAGGCGGGCACUCCCAAAUGCGACAGUUAUGAUUCAUCAGCCUUCGGGAGGGUAUAGUGGGCAGGCGAAGGAUAUAACCAUCCACACGAAGCAGAUUGUUCGGGUUUGGGAUUCGCUGAAUGCCCUGUAUUGUAAACACACAGGGCAGUCGCUAGAGGUAAUUCAGACAAACAUGGAUAGGGAUUACUUUAUGACGUCACAUGAGGCCAAGGAGUUUGGGAUUAUCGAUGAGGUUAUUGAUCAGAGACCAAUGACUCUGGUCACUGAUGCUGUUGGUAAUGAAGGAAAGGACAAAGGCUCAAGUUAGGAUUAGAGGGUAAGAACUUUGCGAGAAACAUCUUUGUUUUGAAAUUUCUUGUUAACUUUCCUAGAAUUAUGUGAUAGUCAGUCUUAUCAUAUCAUUUCUGGACUCCGGCAUGAUUUUUGUCUUGUUUAUGAAGAUUGUUAGGAUUGACGGUGUAAAUUAGGACUGUUAUUUGCUUCAUUUCAAUUUAAAGAGAUAAUGUCUUUUUGAUUAAAUUACACUAGAAAUUUGAAGGUUUUCAUUAA